AUGGAGCUGAAGGUAAUAAUAAAAGGUGAAAUAGUGAAGGGAGUCGCCGAGGUGUUCGUCUUUUUGGGCAUGGAUCCUACCAUUUUCAUCAUCAUGAUUACGUAUGUCCUCAUGGGAAACGUGUUGACAGCAGAGAAGGCGUUCGUGACGAAGAUGUUUUUGGAGCUACUGGAGAAACCCAUGAAUGGCUUCCCAGAGGCUCUUGCUGAACUGGCAGAAGUCAGGAUUUCAGUCAAGCGACUCCAGACUUUUCUUGCACUAGAUGAGUACCAGCCUCCAAAUCCUGUCAUUGAUGAAUCUAGCGAAGACGUGUGCAAAUUGAGUCCUUCUUCAAGUGAGGUGGUGGGCCCGAAGGGAGUCACCAUGGACCUCAACACUGCAACAUGGAAGACGAGACAAAAGAUGCUAGGUUUACCAAUGGUUUACCUGUACGGCGAUGGGAGUUCCAACAACGGUGGCAGGCCUGAGAAGCUGGAAGCCACUAGCUGGACUCCUGCACGUUUGGCGGCUCGCGAUGUGAUGGCCGCGCGGAGGCUGACCUAG